UUUAGCCUCCAUAGUGGCCAUGUUGUAUGGUUUAAGACGCUCUCAGACUGAUAAGAUCGACGGGAUCGUAUAGAGUGAUGAAAUGAGUUCUGGAUAAUUGAGGCGCUCGGGCACUCUAGAUGGCUAUCAGGAGAAGAAACGUACUAUCUCCAGUUUUUUUGGCCGAGAUUCUUGUAAUUAUACUUCAUCUGGAUUAGCAAAGUCAUUAGAAAUAAGAAGUUGCUAUUCUCCAGCUCUCAGUGCUCCGUGAGACUAUCAGAGCAGCGAAGGAACACGACUGAACGUCUUGAGCUGCCGAGGGUCACUACGGUCCAGGAGCUCGACAAGAGGAAGACACCGCGGGACAAACACUGCCUGGACACCCUUGAAUAAUCUUCUGAAGACAACAAGAUACUCUUCAGGAAUCAAAGUUUCAGGUCAGGUAGGAGGCCCGGCAGCAGCUCACAGCCCCACCGAGCAGAUUGCCUGAUGCUGUGCUGACUGAGUACUGCUGCACACAAAGCAUGAAAAGCGUGGAUUCCCGGGGCCAAGGGCCCGCGUGGUGGGUUUCUGCACUCCCUGACUGGCCUUGGGAGAAAGGAACGGCUCAGUCAGCAGGCCAGGGCCACUGGAGCGUUGAAAGGAUAAUUCUCCCCCCCACUGCCGCUGGACCUCUUGCGGCGUCAAACCAUUUGUGAGCGGUGACACAGCCAGAUUGGGCCGAAAGGAUAUGAGUGGGAAACUUCAAAACCUGCUCAUGUUUCUGCGAACGUGAAAGGAUUUGUAUAACACAUUCAGAUUUGAUGGACUUUCCCAUGUUCGCCCUGGACAGCCCUUUUUUGUUGACAUGUUCAAAUAAUGAAUCUCUUAUGUGUAGGAUCCCUUUUUCCCCCCCUGCCCCUGAGUCCCGUUUCUAGUUGUCGGGGUAGGGAUGCUGUGCGGACCAUUCCAUCGUCUGUCCCAAGCUUAUGGAGAACCGCUGACUCGCUGGCUUCCAGGAACCAGGGUGCUGAAAUGGAACAUAUACUUUUGAUUCUUUUACUGUUUAUUAAGGCCUUAUCAGUUGGAGCUCAAUUCAACGGAUACAACUGUGACGCCAACUUUCACAGCCGCUUCCCCGCCGAGAGAGACAUCAGUGUGUACUGCGGGGUGCAGACCCUCACCCUCAAGAUCAACUUCUGCCCCGUCCUCUUUUCCGGCUACACUGACUCCGACCUGGCUCUCAACGGUCGCCAUGGAGACGCUCACUGCCGCGGUUUCAUCAAUAACAACACCUUUCCCACCGUCGUGAUCUUCAGCAUCAGCCUGGCCAGUCUGGAGUCCUGUGGCAAUUCCCUGGUGGUCUCCACAGCUCAAGGCCCGAACGCUUACGGGAACCUGUCCCUGGUGCAGAUUGGAAACAUAUCAGGGUAUAUCGACACUCCCGAUCCCCCCACCAUCAUCAGCUACCUGCCGGGUCUGCUGUACAAGUUCAGUUGCAGCUACCCGCUGGAAUACCUCGUCAACAACACGCAGGUGGCCUCGUCAGCAGCUGCAAUCUCAGUGAAGGACAGCAACGGUACCUUCGUCAGCACGUUGAACCUCCUGCUUUACAACGACUCAUCGUACGUUCAGCAGCUGUCCAUCCCGAUGGCAGGACUGACCCUGAAGACGCGAGUGUUUGCAGCUGUUAAAGCUUCUAACCUGGACAGGAGGUGGAACAUCCUGAUGGACUACUGCUACACCACGCCCUCUGGAAACCCCAACGAUGACCUCCGCUACGACCUUUUCUUCAGCUGUGAUAAAGACCCCCAGACCACCGUCUUUGAAAACGGGAAGAGCCAAAUGGGACGCUUCGCCUUCGAGGUGUUCCGCUUCGUGAAGCACAAGAACCAGAAGAUGUCCACCGUCUUCCUGCACUGCGUCACCAAGCUGUGCCGAGCAGACGACUGCCCGAUGCUCAUGCCGAUCUGCGGCAGCAGAAAAAAGAGAGACGUCUCAGAGGGAAAGGAAUCAAACGGCGCAUCUGGGAACGCUGUCCUGACUGCCGGGCCUAUCAUCACUCGCAGUGAUGAAACACCGACUAACAACUCUCAGCUGGCUCAUCUCAAAGCUCCGGCGUUCCAGAUGAACACGGUGACGAGCGCGCUCAUCUCGGGCAUGAUCAUCCUGGGCGUCAUGAGCGUCUGCUUCUUCAUCUUCUCUCUCACCCUCCUCAAAGGCAAGGGCGCUCCCGUCAGCAGCCUGUCUGGAGCCCGCAACCCAGCCUUCAACUGAACGCCUGAACCCGACUCACCGCAGACACUCCGACCACGACCGACAGUGCUAAGCGAGGGGCAAACAACAGAUGUGACAUGAUGUUUGUGCAUGUAGUCAUUUUACAGAAGAGCUAAAUGUUGAUUUAGAACAUUGUUAACAGGUCUGUACAAUGUGCAGUAGUGUAGAAGUAAAGCAGGACUUUUUAUAUGUUGUUUAUAUGUUGGGCUGUAGGUCUCAACCUGCAUGUGAUCAUUCGUCAUGCAGCUCUAACCCACAUAGCGGGGGACACUCAUAACUUAAUUCAAUACCUCAGCUAUACAGCUUUCAUUUGCAGGGCAUAGGAUCAAUUGCAAAGCUUCCACAGCAUAUUAGAGUAAUGCAUGAUGUAAUAAAACUCACAGUUAAUGUUAAGAGGCUGAAAUAAUACUCACGGGACCCAAAAUAAACGCUUCACUGAAAGAGCAAACAGGAAGCCGGUCGAGCUUCUCAUGAAAUCUAACUUUUAAAAGUAUAUUGAUAUAAUUGGAAUUUAAUUUAUUAAUAUUUCUACAUAUUAGAGAGGUAGGCGUUGUGAUUAAUCAAUCGAUAGGUCUGUUCUACCUAAAUAUGUAGUUCACUCACUCACUUUAAAUAUUUUAAUGCGACGUGGCAGCAAUAAACUUUAUUAUGUUUGUUAAGUUUCAUUUGUACAUGCACCCCAAUGUAAUUGUGUAUAACGUACCCGUAAUGUGUUUCUUAAAAAUGCCAUUGAUGAUCUAUUCCUGAAAUGUGCAAAUUGUGUACAAUUGUACAUAUUGCAAACAUUGCACUUUGACUUGUGAUUAAAACUUAU